UCGGGGUGGGAAGUCGCGCCGAACGUUUCCGGAAAACUCCACUGCUAUCGCGAAAUGUCAAGCCCGCUUAUAUAGUUCAUUGAACAGCAACGACGGUGCGAUUAAUUUAGGAAUAUAGAGGGAAAAUAACGCUAAUAGUACGACUUUUGAGUUAUAAGUGAAGUAAACAAGUUUAUAAACGAUUUGUGCGAAAAUUGCAUGGAAAAUUAUGGUCUACUGAUAUUUGGAAUGACUGAAAUAAGUGCAAGCGGAGGCGGAUGGCGGGUGACGGCGCUGGCGCGGCAGCGUAGUGCUGUGGCGAGAUGAGCGGCGCCGGCGUCGGGCCGCCGCCGCUGUCCGCCGCCGAGGCGCUCUCUACGCUCCUCUGGCAGCCGUACGAGUGCCGCUCGCCGCCCCUCGCGCGCUCUCACACCGAUGGAGCCCUGGCGAGCGGCUUCGGCGGGGGGGCUUCGGCCUCAUGCGCGCCCCAGUCGCCGAACGGCGGUCGACAUGCGCGCGCGUCGUACCGCGCUACUUUCCGCCACGAGAUGCGGCUGCCAGUGCCGGCGCCCGCCCCGCUGCGCAAGUCCGAUUCGGUCUCGGUCCGUGUACCCGGGGAACCGAGUCGACAAAAUGUGAACAUAGUGCAAGUGCAGGAUACGACUUCUGGUUGUAAUGUGAACAGUGCGGUGCAGACGGAGAGAGAAAGGAGUGUAGUCAGCGCGGAGUGCCAAACAGAAGAGCCGGCACGGCGACGGCGGACAAGGCGGGCGCGGGCACCGCGCGUGCCCGAGCUGGCUGAGAGCGUGCCUCCGCCGCCGUACAGCACGCUACCGCACCAUGCCGGGCUGGCGGUGCACGGAGGGCUGCCGCACGGGGCGAUGCCGCCGCACGGGGCGCUGCCACCGCACGGAGCUCUGCCACCGCACGGCGCACUACCGCCGCAGGCGCAUCCAGUGCCAGUGCCCGUUUCCGUGCACCCACCAGCACCCCUCAUAGCGCCACAUCCCCCUACACAUCGCUUCCCCUUUCAACCGAUUCCUCUCAGAUCGGGUCGCGGGGCAGCGUACGCAUGUUCAGAAGGCGAAGGGAACGCCCCCAAGUCGUGCUGUGGCCGACCCCCCCUGAGGCUAUGUGUGCUGUUCCUUGGCGUGGUGGGGGCCUGCCUCGUGGCCGCCGGAGCAGUCCUAGGGGCCCUCAGGCCGCACCCCAGGGCCCCUCUCACGCUGUUACUGCUCAUGAUAGGUAUAGGAGUGGUGUUAGUGACGGCAGCCGGGCUGGCAUGGCGACUAGGGGCCCGGGACACACCCUGCGCGUUGCUGGGCCUGCGGAGGGCGUCCUGUCGCCGUCUGGUUCCGAGGCUGCCCCCCAGCUACGCCAGGCCUCACCAUCCGUACGCGGCCAUGCUGUAUCCAGAGUUCCAUUAUAGACCACCGCCUCCAACUUAUCAAGCUUCUAUGCAAGAGUAUAGACUCAGGUUACUUCUCUUAGACAGAAGUGCGCCCGCGGUGUCCCCACCCCCCACGUACAGAUCAAAUGCAGCCAGUCUAGUCAGAGGUACGACGGGGGCUGCUUGGUGCGGUUCCGAAUACAGCGGUCCACCGUCCUACCGCGCCCCGCGCGUGGAUCCACCUGUCACCGUCACGGACGCUCUCCCUUCGCUCACACCACUCGACCUGAAGUACGCCGGUGACGCCAUCGAAGCACUUCCCAAACCCACAGAGCAGGAAAAAGACCCAGACGAACAUCUAGUGACCAUAGUGCACACUGACGCCCAACCUGUCAUCGUCACAGUCUCUGGAUCCCCUGCCCUGAAUGAGACGCACACCCAACCGCCUUCUGAAAUCGACAUUUUGGCGCACUUAUAACGAAUUAACUACGUAUUUAUAUUAUGAAUUUUCCAAAAAUAUUACGAUCUCUGGAUCGGUGUCUGCAGAAUUGACUAAUUAAUACGCCAGAAAAUAAAUAUAGCUUUCUUCUUCGAUGUAAAACAGAUCCGCAUAUUUCAACAUAAAAUCGAUGGAAAUGACUGUUACUAGACUAGGCAAGAGUUGUUGGCAAUACGAAAAUAAAUUGAAUUUCACAAAUUCAAUCAUCGAUAAAUGUUGUCGAAACAGCGCACUAUUCAGUCAUGAAUGCAAACAAAACGAAAUGUUGAUAGUUAAAAACUAGAACAGAGUUCAAUUUGCAGCAACUAGGUAAUUCCGACACGGAAUAAAAAGUUAAAAUUUAUUAAAUUUCCGCCGCGCCAUAACGCAAUUUAAAAUGGCGGGAAUAGACUUACAGUCUCUUGUAUAUCAAAUAUUUUCAGAUCAUCGAGUACCUUAUUUUAUUAAUGUAGAUAAGUUUGUGUAAAUAUUUUAAAGCACUGAAGUAUUUCGUUUGCUUAGGUAUUAAAUUAACAAAAAUGUGCCGUGUACAUACGAGUAAAAUACAAAAUAAAUGUAGAAAUUUUAGUUAUUUUUUCGGAUUUAGCAACGAAUGCUGAUUUAUUUAAACCAAAUCUUUCGCCGAGAUGUACAACGUAUCCUUGUUAUUAAUUUAUAUAGUGCCAAUGAUUUUUUAUAAAUAUACUUAAUUCAUGUAAAUAUAAUUUGUAACAUGUUUAAUACAUUACAUACCUACUGUUCUAAUUAAAAAAAAAACUGUUUAUGCGGGGUCUAAGUACCUAGGUGUAAACUAGUUUUUGAAAUGUCCUUUCUUUUUGUUUCUAAUUUUAUUAACCAUCCUGGAAGAAUAUUCAGUUCCCUAUUAUUUUGAUAGUUAUUUGUGAUAACUAAGGUGGUUAUAAUGAUAUAAAUUCCACUAUUCUAUUAAAAUUAUAAUUAUCUAUCUACUACUUACAUGCUCAAUUUUUUGGUAGAAAAAUGAGAGCUACUUUUUUUUGUACCUAUCUAAAAAUAAAAUUACAAUCGUUUUCAUUUCGUCAAAGAACUUGUUUCUAUAGGUACAUAAAGCUGUGUAUAAAUUUAACAACUACGAUCUGUAUUAUAUACUCACAUGUUGUCAGUGAUUAUAGUUUUAUAAAACAUAGGUACUGUUAAUAGAUGUAACAAUAGUGUAAUUAAAUGUACAUAACGUUAUUUGUAUUAUAAGAAAUCAAUAAAGAGUUUAGUGAAAAUAUA